AUGGAUGAGGAAAACGUAAGCGUGGGGGUAUCUGACGAGAUAUUAGAAGAUGCAUUGGUCCAAAUAGCGAAAACCGCAGGGCUAGAGCAGGGUCUUGUGGACGCUUCAAUGGCUGUUGCGAGCUUGCUGCGAAUGUGGAGAAUGGCAUUACCGACUGGUGUUUCAAGGAUUGUACCGCGAACUUCUGCCAGGUUGUUACCAGAAGUGUCAUCAGUGUCCGGUGUUUCGGCCUUGGUAGACGCAAUUUGGCUAGGUUUACUAAAGAAAUUGGAUCCAUCAUUGUCAUCCUCAAUCUUAGAAAAGCUUCUUCCUGGUCUCUCCGAAGAACCCGACUUGCGCCUCUCCGCUGCCCUGCAUGUGUACAGCACAUUGCUGCUCAAAUACGGCCGUCAGAGCAUGAAAGAAAAUGGACUAUCGCAGCAAUACAGUUCUGUGUCGUCGACUCUUUUGAAACGGGCUCACGAAGUGUUGGAUGUCUUUUCGCACUUCGUUCAUAUGGGCGGCGUGAGAACUAUGUCAGCCAUAGUGACGGCGCUACCGAGAUAUUGA